AUGGGACUUACAGGACGCGAACGUUGCUUGUAAACAAAUGGGCUGUGGACCAGCCAGAUCAGCCCCUGGGAGCGCUCAGUUUGGAGAGGCCACUGGAACCUUCUGGUUAGAUGACGUUGAGUGCAAAGGGCAUGAGGUGAACUUGUUCCAGUGUCCGUCAAACCCAGUUGGAAAACACAACUGCAACGCUGGAGAGGCAGCAGCUGUUACUUGCUCAGAUUUGAUCCAAAUACGGUUGGUGAAUGGGACGGAUGCAUGUUCCGGGAGUGUUGAACUCAAUUACAAAGACAUUUGGGGAGCAGUUUGCGAUGAUGCAUGGGACCUACAGGACGCGAACGUUGCUUGUAAACAAAUGGGCUGUGGACCAGCCAGAUCAGCCCCUGGGAACGCUCAGUUUGGAGAGGCCACUGGAACCUUCUGGUUGGAUGACGUUGAGUGCAAAGGGCAUGAGGUGAACUUGUUCCAGUGUCCGUCAAACCCAGUUGGAAAACACAACUGCAACGCUGGAGAGGCAGCAGCUGUUACUUGCUCAGAUCGCCCACCAAAGCCCAUUUUGUCGCUUGACGUGAAACGUGAAGUCUUCACACCAAAGGAGACACUCCAGUUAAAAUGUACAACUCAGAGUUAUUAUGUGGGGAGUACCUUUUAUUUGAAGAAAACAGGAGACAGUUCCUUUGGUGAUACUCAAACUGCUCCCGAAGGAGCUUACAGCAUGAUCUUCUUCAUCCACGAUAUGGAUCUGAGCCACAGUGGGAACUACACAUGUCACUAUCAAACAAACAAAUCAGGAUUGGCUCGAAACUCGAGCAGCAGUGACUCUGUGAAUGUGGUCGUCACAGAUUUGAUCCAAAUACGGUUGGUGAAUGGGACGGAUGCAUGUUCCGGGAGAGUUGAACUCAAUUACAAAGACAUUUGGGGAGCAGUUUGCGAUGAUGCAUGGGACUUACAGGACGCGAACGUUGCUUGUAAACAAAUGGGCUGUGGACCAGCCAGAUCAGCCCCUGGGAGCGCUCAGUUUGGAGAGGCCACUGGAACCUUCUGGUUGGAUGACGUUGAGUGCAAAGGGCAUGAGGUGAACUUGUUCCAGUGUCUGUCAAACUCAGUUGGAAAACACAACUGCAACGCUGGAGAGGCAGCAGCUGUUACUUGCUCAGAUCGCCCACCAAAGCCCAUUUUGUCGCUUGACGUGAAACGUGAAGUCUUCACACCAAAGGAGACACUCCAGUUAAAAUGUACAACUCAGAGUUAUUAUGUGGGGAGUACCUUUUAUUUGAAGAAAACAGGAGACAGUUCCUUUGGUGAUACUCAAACUGCUCCCGAAGGAGCUUACAGCAUGAUCUUCUUCAUCCACGAUAUGGAUCUGAGCCACAGUGGGAACUACACAUGUCACUAUCAAACAAACAAAUCAGGAUUGGCUCGAAACUCGAGCAGCAGUGACUCUGUGAAUGUGGUCGUCACAGAGAGGUUGUAAGGCAGAGGCGACUGGCCAGCUACCGAAGACCACUUGAACAAACAGCUUGUGAGGCCUUGGGUAUUUUGUGAAAGAUGGA